UUAUAAUGUAAACCAGCCCCACCCCCAUUUUAUGCAGCAAUAAUUUUAAUAAGCACGAGAUUUUUCCAAUUCCAAGGCGAUGGAAUCACUAUCAGAUCCUCUGCUGCUUCAGGAACUAGCUCAGAAGCACGGCAAUGACCUCCCUUUAGUGAUAUCAACGAGUGGAAACACAGAGCUACAAAAAGGGAAGCAAUAUGAAGUUUAUUUUAAAAGGGAGGCGUCAGCUCUCAACGUGAAAAUUGCACUUGGGGUUUGUAGCUACGUAGUGCCAGUCAACAGUACCUUUAAAUUUAGUGUACUGUAUAAUCCGAGACGGGAUCAUGAUUUAAGCACAGCCAGAAGAGGCUAUUGCUUUAGCACUGUUGCUGAUCUCAUGAAGACCCGCCCUCUACCCAGUGUAGUUUAUGUUGGCCAGAGAUUCAGUCAUAAUGGGGACACUGUUAAGAAAGGCACUCUUCUCUUACUUAAGGAAGUAGUUACGGAGAAGCAUCAUUUUAUGAAAGUAAAACGACUCAAGUGCAUGAAAGUGGGCGACACCAAGGAGAUCUAUUUAAAGGAAAGUUGCGAGGGACAAUUUAGCACUCGUGAGUCUUUGCUGCUCUUCUCAAUGUCAGCACUCUUGAAAUAUUUCAAGCCACCGAUUAGUACAUCAAUGUAUGAUUGCGAAGGUAGAGCUCCCGAAUGGCAAUUCAAAUAUAAAUCAGGCUGUAUCGUCAGUGCUAAACCAACAACUUUACACUCUUUCAUAGUAUCCCCUGUCUCACCAUUGCCUUCACCAACCUCAUCAGUUUCUUCAGAUUGUACUCAUCAACUAAUUGAGCUAUUUACAUCCCUCCCUAUGGAAUUCAAUAUUGUCAGCAUUACCCAAGAGACAAAGUCACAACUCAAUCAAAAAAGAUUAUCAAUAUUGCAGUCAAUUGCGCCGGAGAAUGUAGACCUGAUGUACACACUUGGUACUAAAGACCAGUUGCAAAAGAAUCUAUUUCUACCGGUUAACAAUAGUGAAUGGAUACACGAGAUUGUUGGCAUUGAGGAUAAAACAGUUUAUGAGCCGAUUGUGAUCCCUAGUGAUAGAAUAAGCACAAACACUCGGGUCUUACUACCUAAAUUUGUAAGAGCAACUAUCGUAGAUCAUCUCCCUCCUCCUCCUCCUCCAUUACCUCCUCGAAGGAGACACUCGACUGUUGAGUCGUGUUCAUCCAGUGAUAGCAAAUCAAAUGAUGCAUCUAGAAGGUCCCUGUCAUCUUGUGAAUAUGAUGAUGUAGUUCCUGUUUAUUCAUCUCCUACUGAUGAUGAUGAUGAUGAUGAUGACGAUUAUACUGAAAUGUUUGAUCCGACUAAGAUUCAGAAGAAAGCUGACAGUAAUUCGACCUUUGAUAAAGAGUUGGCGAUGCUACCUGAUCCAAAUGAGAUUUCAAUCGAAGGAACAUCACUUGAUAUUGAGUCCUUAAAUUUAUCAGUAGCGUCAGCCACUGUAGGAGAAAGCACCCCAUUAAAUCUUGAAGAUGCCAACGAAUCAUUUUAUGAAAAUAAACCAUUAUUUCUUGAAGUUAACAAAAGUUUACUGUUGGAAUAUGAUUGUAAUCAAAUAUCAACACUGCUAGAAAUGAUGGGAAUGGAGGAAUACAUACCUAAGUUUAAAGAGGAGCAGAUUGAUGGUGCGCUACUCUUUGAACUGAACAAUGAAAUACUUGAAGAAGAACUAGGCAUGAGCAAGAAGAUUCAUCGAAUAAGGCUAAUGAUGAUAAUCACUGGACACGAAUGUGUGACUCAGUUCAUUAAAUUCAUUGACUGAUUUUAUCUUAAAGUCAAAUUCAAUUUUUUUACUGAUCCACACCCCCAGACGAUUAUUUUCACCCACGUAUAAUGUUUAUAUUAUACAGGCAAUACCCUCUAUGUAGGAUUGAGAUUGAUUUUUUAAGAUGCUAUUAGAA